UUAAGCAUAGCCUAUUUAUUGAUAGUGUCACUAGCAAUGGAUGUGUCGCCGUGAUUAAAUACUAUAUGAAGCAAUUUGAAGCAAAAUUAUAAUGGCGAUUUUUAACAUAUCGCCUAUAUUGUUAUUUUUUGGAUUAUGGGUUCAGAUUGAGAAGGUGUCAACACAAGUUACAACACUUACCAUAGCUGUAUCCACGCAUAAUUCACACCAGACGUUUUCUGAACUUCUGGAAGGUCCUGCAACCGGAGGUGACCACGAUACAAAAAAUGUUUCACAUAUUUUCCAAGUUCUGAAUGGUGCUGACUAUUUGAGUACUACCGAUUUGACCGCAUAUGAUAUACAAAACGCUCGAAUACAAGUGUACAGUAGAGUUGGUGAAUUAUUACAGGAGAUUGUUGAUUGUAACGUAACUAGUAGUAAAGUCUUAGUUAGCUGUGGUCAAGGAAAUACAAUAUUUAAACCGUUAUAUGGUUUUCCAGAUGCACAGUUGGUUGCUACUAGUGGUACUAAUCCUGAGUUAAUGAGUGUUAAAUAUAAUCGAUAUAUUACCCCACCAACGUUUGGCAAUAUGGUACUGGUUGGCACUGGUGGUAUACCAGCGUCAGUUCAUGAAGGGUGCAUGACGCCUCCUGGGGGUGUAACUGCAACAAAUGCGACAGCAACGACCAUAGAUGAUUGUGUGUCAGUUUGUUCGGCUCUAUCUAAAACUUAUGCUGGACUUGGUGGUUUGUCUGCCGCAUGUUAUUGUGUUAACACACUUGGCGUCAGUUCAACCGGGUGCACGGGUACUUGCUCAGGAAAUAUUUAUCAAACUUGUGGUUCUGCAGGAGUGUGGAAUGUUUAUAAUGUAACAGGUUAUAAUGAAUGGAGGAGUUUGCUGACAGGGGCAAUUGAUGGUGACUCAGUGCUUACGACUGUAAAUAUUACUUCUGAUACAGCUGUAGAAAAGAUAAUACUUGGCGCGAAUAGUAAAGUGGUGUCACUGACCAUACAAGAAGAAGAGGAAUGCUAUCUUACUAACCUGUAUUUCAACGCUUCAAGUCCGGGAUAUAAACUAUAUUAUGGGGAAUGCACUAACGAUGCCGCUAAAAGGCCACUGACAACAUUAAGUGGUAGUCUGGAAUUUUAUCCUGAAGACGAAGCCCGUAUCCAUGUUGGAUUAAUUGAAACUGAAUGUUUGUGGGUCGAACCAAUAGCACAUAAUUACACAUUUCACAGAGCUAACAUAGCCAUAUAUGGACCAGCAACAUACGGUGCUGCUCACUAUAUUGUUUUACAAGUGGACGUAUUAGAUAUUGUCUCCUCAUCGCUGGAAUCGUUAAUAACAGUCACAGCCCCCUCCUCCCUUUGUAUGAAUUCUACAGAGUCUACAAGUAUAAUAGAAUCAACCACUAGUAUAGCAGAGUCUACAAGUAUAAUAGAUUCAACUACUAAUAUAGCAGAGUCAACAAGUAUUAUUGAUUCAAGUACAAAUAUUGCAGAAUCCACAACCAUGGUGGAAUCUACGACAAUGGCAGAAUCCACAACAAUGGCGGAAUCCACGGCAAUGGUAGAUUCAACAAUGUCAGAUCCUUCAAUAUCAGGGGCGAACAGUGAUACAGCAACGACUAUAAACGCAAGUCCAACAGACUCUACGGCUACAGUGAGCGCGUAUUCAAGCGCCAUUAGCUCGAGUGAAAGCACAGUAUCCGCACCGGCAAGCAUAGUAUCCACAACAGAAAGCACAAUAUCCGCAUUUUCAAGCACUGCAAGCGCAAACAGCGAUAGCACAAGCACAGCGGGCGCUAGUCAAAGCACGGCGGGCGCUAGUCAAAGCACAACAGUUCAACCGACCGCUACUGAAAACUUGAGUGCAACUCAGGUUUAUGGCCCUCAGACAUCAACUGCCUGUUCCUGUCUAUGUCGAUCGGAUGACGGAAGAAACAUCACAGACGAAGAACGAGCACAAGAGAAAGUAGAAGAAAUCAAGAAAGAUCUCAAAAUCAAUACCAAAAAGUUGUCAGCUACUGUUCGUAAGAAAAUCAGUGCCGAGGACAACCGCCCUUCCGCUCAGGGUGUAGGAUUUGUUGGGGUCUUUUUCCUGACUGCUGUUUUCAGCUCACUUAUACUACUUGAUAUUACCUCCCUUGGACAACAUCUCUCGAUCAUGAAAAAUAAUUUACUAAAUAAAGACGAUGCCCCAUGAUUUAAGAUGAAACGAUAAAAGUAACUAAAAUAUAAUAUUAAAAAUAUAAGUUUGUAAUUAGUUUUUUUUUUUUUCACGUUAUUUUAAUAUAUUCAACGACUGGUUUUCUCUGACCGUUACCAGGAUUAUAUUAAAACCAGUCACUAAAUAUAAAUAUUUAUAAUACAAAAUAAAACUCUGUAAAAUGAUAAUAAUCUUGAUGUCCAACGAACGUUAGGGUCAAUCGGUUAAAAGGAUAGAUCCCCACUCCCACCUAUUUCAUUAAUUUAAAGAUGCAUUAUGUAAGAUUUAGAUUAAGUGUUGGGAGAUGUAGCGUAGGUUGUUUAUUAUCGGAGCCAUGGUACUGAACAAACGAAACUAAGUCUCGAUUAUCGAUUAUAUCGUUAAUCUUUAAAUCUCGCGACGUUCAUAUCUAUAUACAUCUCUGCCAUUCGAUGGUUUAGAGAGUUGAUUAUGGGCUUGCCAUGUUGAUAAAUAUCUAAAUAAUAGUAUUUGAAGCUAAAGUAAAGAUAUGGAAUAGGAAAAUUUAGCUCUUACAUAUUACAUCUUUAAGAAUACUAUACAAAUAAAGAACACGAAUCAGGUAAACCUCUUUGACAUUCAGGUCAAAAUAAAGUAUUUAAUUUGGUUGAUUUUACUUUAUUUUGCUGUGUACAUGUAUAUGAGUUCAGCGGUAUACAUUACACUUAGCGAUAGAAAUAAUACAAGAUACAGAUAGGAAAUCAAUCGUCGUGUCCCAAGAAAUAUUAUAUAUUAUAAUGUGUUCUUGACCACUUCUAUUUUAUCAUUUCAAGGUUGAUCAGUUAUAGAUGUAACUCGUAUUCCAAUGACCAUACUUGAAGAUAAAAAUACUAUAUUAUCAUUAUAAUCACUACCUACGUAGUCUAUGAAAUCAUAUCAAUUGAGAAGUGUUAGAAGAAGAUGUCAACGAAGAGGGUCCUGAUAAUAUAGGUGACUUUUUAUACAAUUCGUUAGUAAUAAUGUUCAGUAAUUUAAAUGUUAACAGCCUGACAAUGUAGAAACUCAACAAUGACAGUAAACUCCUAUUUGUUUUUAAAAUGAAAUGAGGUUUAAAGUCCCACUUUUCAUCAUCAAAAUGGGUAACGAUAGCGACAGUUUAUCAAAUACUGUACAAGCUACGGCACGUCGUUUUAACUCUUAAAGUAAACCCAUAUUAGCUGACGAUUGGGAUAUAUUAGUGCGAUACAAGUUGAGUAAAAGAAGGCAUACAUAGUUAAAAAUGAUAAUUCGGAUCUGCGAUCAGGGGAGACAAUCGACAUUGUAAAAAGCGCGAUUUUUCGUAUCAUAACAUUUUCUGGUUAUUUUAUAUUAUAUAUAAAUGUCACGUGUAAUAUUACGAUGGGGCCUUUCUAUACAUAUUUAAUUACUCUAAAUUUAGAAUGUGAAUUAUUUUCGUAAUUCGAAGUAGAAGUGAGUAAAAAUAAACCUAUUAUACUGUAUUAUUUUAGACAUGCUUUAAUUAUUGCAUUUCUACAUAUUAUGAUGUAUUUUAUAUGUAAUUUACUUGUUAUGUACUAUAACUUUAUGAUACUCCGUCCAUACUUUAAUGUCGCCCCUGUCUGUCCGUCCGUCCGUCCACAAAUUGUUUGUGGACAUUCUACAGGUCACAAUUUUUAUCCGAUUUUGACGAAACUUAAAAUUAAUCAAAAUAAAAUAUCUCGUUUCCUGUCGAUAUUAGCAUGUAUCGGACCGUCACUUUAUGGAUUUUGGCUCCUGACUGUGCGAAAAAGCACGCUUUUAGCUUGUGAACACUCUAGAGGUCACAAUUUUUAUCCGAUUUUGAUGAAACUAGAAAUGUAUAUUUAUAAGCCAAAGAUGUCGGUUCCUUUUGAUAUUCGUGCAUAUCAGACUGUAACUUCCUGGAAUAUGGCGCCUGAUUGUACGAAAAGUCGCAUUUUUAGCUUGUCGUCCCUCAAGAGGCCACAAUUUUUAUCCGAAUUUAAAAACCGUUACACCAUAAUGAAACUGCUCAGCAAAAAGGUCGUUCCUUGUACGCAAAUAGUGUAAAAGUAUGUAAUACGAAGCUUGUGGGCCCUCUAGAGGUCAAAAUUUUGUUCGAUUUUGAUAAAACUUAAAAUAUGUGUCCAUAAUGAUGGUUGUGUUCCUUUCGAUAUUCGCGCAUAUCAGACCAUCCAUAACUUUUUGGAUUAUAGCCCCUGAUUGUACUAAACAUCGCGGGUUUUUGGGUUUUUUUUUUUUUAGCUUGUUCUCUACCCAUCUGUUGCAAAAUGUGAGCGUAUCUUGCCUGGCAACCGCUGGUUUGAUUAAUAUUUGUCCUAAUGACUAUAUCCGUCCUAUAAAUGAACCUCUAAAUGUCGUAUAUUAUAAGUUUGUAAACACAUAAGCACUACAGAAUUACAUUUUGUUUUAUUUUUAAAAAACCUUUAUGAAUUAUUAUUAUUUUAUUACGCCAAUUCUAUAAUUUUAUAGUAUCACACAGUUCAGUUUGUAAAAAUAUUAAAACUACAGAAUCACAAAUUUUAAGAAAAGUCUCCAUUUCCAUUUUUAAAAAUUUGUAAACUUACUAUUUUUUUUGCAUUUUUCAAUUAUUACUAUAUUAAUAUUGAUGCUUUAUAGUCUUGUGAUUUUAGUAAUCUGUUUCGUAAAAUCAUGGCCAACCCACGUGUGCAUUUUGUUGUUUUGUUAAAUUUUAUGCUUGUUGAAAACUGUUUUGUAUAUUUCACACUCUGUUGAAUAAUAAAUAUAUUUAUGUUUUA